UGCAAGGAGCUUUGGCAUCUCUGCUGUUACAUAGUGUGGCCUGGAGAGGAAUUAAUGUCCUCUGCUGUUAGAAUGGGGUGAAGUUGCCAGGGCAGAGAAAGGAAAUAAAUCUGAGGUGGUCCCACAUGGCAUCAGCGGCCCCAAGUUCCCUGUGGGUGAGAGAAACAAGCUGGGCCCUGCUUCAUUUUCACCAGCUUUUCAGCCCUGAUGGACAAUGGCAAAUAAACAGCUCUGAUGUGAGAAUGAGUGCCAGCAGAUCAGAUCAAAAGGUGAUGGGCUUCCAGUGUGGUGUGGUUCUCCAGCCCUCUACUUCUGACCUUGUCCCAGGGAACAGUCUUUAGGGCUGGUGUCAGAGGAUCUGAAUACAUUUGCAUUGCAAACACUGGCCAUCCCUACCCCAGCAUCUGCUGCUGUCUCUGAAGAAGCCCAUCACUGUUGUGGGACUCGGAAGCAGCCAGGCAGGCUGUGCUGCAGCAGCUGCCUGGCCUGCAGCUGCUCCGGCUGAGAGCUGUGCUUUGCUCUGCUGCUGCCUGGAACGGGGCUUUUUGCAGCUCAGCUCCCCCUUGUUGCACCUGUGGAACAUCCUCUGGCCACCCAGCUCCAGUGUUGGAAAUGGGGGAUACUGCAGCCCUGUCCUAACCAGGCAUGCUGGACUGCCACAGGCAGCAUGGCAGACCUGUUGUGGGCAGGGUUUCUGCUCUUUGCCUUCCAGCCUAGUCUGGAGGCCACUGGCUACCUCCAGUUUCUCUUUCCAGUUCUCCAUGAGCAUGGCAAAUAGCCAGCCUAAUCCUCAUGUCUGAUCCGAGGGGCCAACAGGAGCCUGGUCCCAGGGCAGUCACUCUUUGUGCUUUUGCAUUGCUGCACUUCCUCCUCCCUGAGAUCUUGGGAGGUAUUGAGCAGCUGUGGGGCUCUGCAGAGGGGAGACCUGCACCACCUCACUGAGCCAGGCCCUGGGUCCUUGGGUCAUGGUUUUUGGCAGGGUGAAGCUGUCUCUUGGAAGCUGACCAGGCUGGCAGGUCCAACAGAACAUCUGUUUGUCUGGGCUGGAGAAUUUACUUUACAGCCUUGGCUUGUUGGUGUGCUUUGUGUCAUUCAGGAUGGCUAGAAUAUGGCUUAAGCCUCACACCACAGUGGGAAGAGGGGACAGACCCCAAACCUGGCAUGGGGAUUUGUGCUGCUGCCCUGGCUCCACACUGUCAGAAACAUGGGGCGUGUUGCUGAGCCCACUCCAGGGGCAGCCCUGUCUUCAAUAAUGCUGGUUUUUACUCUGGUCUGUUCCUUACCAGGGGUGUAGCCUUUUACAAAGCACAGCAGCAAAAUAUUUCAGAGGGUUUCUCAUGUUUGUCUGACACUGCUCCCCUGCCUUUGCCAGGGGUGAGAAGAUGCUUGGCUUGGUCUCUGCAGGAGGUGCAUGGUGGGAGCUGCUGCUGAUCCUUGCAGGGCUGGGAGAACUGCUGGUGCUGCCUGCUUUGCCUCUUUCAUGGGCUUGGAGUUGAAGAAAUUGCUGCAGUGGCCAACAUGGAUUUUCUCAUCAUCUGUCCCUUUCUGCUGGCCUUGCUGCUGUCCCAGGGCAGCUUCACAGACCUGGAGAAACAGAGAGUAGACUCUGGCUUGGAAAUCUAUAAGAAGCUGUUUGAGGUGAAGCGCAAGGACCAGAUGAAUGCUCUGAAGAACUUGAUUGAGCUCAAUGACGUCAAUCAGCAGUACAAAAUCAUUGACAUCAUGCUCAAGGGACUCUUCAAAGUGUUGGAGGACUCCCGUGCUGUGCUCAUCGCUGCUGAUGUGCCUCCUGAUGGGCCCUUCCCUCAGGAUGAGAAGAUAAAGGAUGCGUACUCCCACGUGGUGGAGAACACUGCCUUCUUCGGGGACGUCGUGCUGCGCUUCCCCAAGAUUGUGCACCACUACUUCGACCGCAACUCCAACUGGAACAGCCUCAUCCGCUGGGGCAUCGGCUUCUGCAACCUGACGGGUGUGUUCGAGCAGGGACCCCACUCCCAGGUCCUGCGGCUGAUGGCUCAGGAGCUGGGAAUCAGUGAGAAAUCGCCUGAUUACCGCAAUCCCUUUAAAACGGACCAGUCUGAGUUUUUCCCCAGUGCUGACACCUUUCAGAAGGCGCUGCGGGAUGAGGAGAAGAGGAGGAAGAAGGAAGAGAAGCGGAAGGAGAUCCGCAAGGGCCCACGCAUCUCCCGCUCGCAGUCGGAGCUGUAGCACGCUGGGACUUGUGCCUUGCAGUGGGGGUGACACCACCGGACACAGAGUGGCUUGCUCCCUUUUUGGCAGCUUUGGGCCGGUGCCUGGCCAUUCCCUUUCCAUUUGUGCUGUGGGUUUUGUUUUGUUGCCUUUCGUUUUUGUUCAGUGGAGGUUGCUGGUGGGCUGGCCCAAAGGGCUAAAGUGGGAUACCCCUUCCACAGAGGUGAAGCACAGACAGGACAGCACUGGGGCCAUCCCCUGGUCAGGGUGUUGCUGCCUGUGGGGAAGCAGGGUGUGGGGGACAGGCCUCUGGUGGAGCCCAGGGAUCCCUCCUCACUGCAGCACACCCCACGCUGAAGGUGCCUCCUCCAGCCCGGGUGGGCUGGGGAGUGUGUCACGCCAAACAGCCUCAUGAGCAAUGCUGCUUCUCUCGGGUUUGCUUUUCCUUUAGCUCAACGGGUGAUCUCAUUGGCACCCCCACUGGGUUCUACCUGGUCUCUGCACAGCUGCUACCUCUGCCAGGUCAGACCUUCCCUUUUCCCAGCGGCUGUUUCACCGAGCAGCGUGCGUUUCACUGUCCAGGCGUAGCUGAACAUGCCGAUGGCAGCUGUUCCUGGCCGAUGGCAUCUCGUGGCCACGUCAGGUCAUUCCCGCAGAGGCAAAUGCCCGGUGACUUUUUGGACAGGAGGAAUUUUGGUACUCAGCCUCUUUGCAGGCCGUGGGUGCCUGUAGUGCAAGUGAUGCUGAACAUGCUGGGAACCAGCCCUGAGGCGCUGAGAGCCUGUCCCGCUGCCCACGCCCCAUCCCUUCUCUUUGGGGCUCAUCCUCUAAAUGAGUCCCCGGAGCCCCUUGUCAGGGGACAGCCACGUGGCGACAGCAGGAGCCAACCUGAGGGGCUGCGACCCUCCGCGGGGCGUCUGGGCUGCCGUGGGGACAGAGGCGAGGGGCUGGCCCAGGACACAGCCACCUGUGGCUCCUCCCUGUGCCGGUGGCCUCGCAGCAGAGCAGGCUCUUCCCCAGGGAGCCGGUUCUCUGCGCGGGGCUGGCAGCACCACAGCCUUUGAGGAAAGGGAAACGCCGCGGGUUUUUAACAGCAGAGCCAAGUCCCUCCAAUGAGGGGAGGGGGUGGCAAUGGGCGCAUUUGGUUUUUCUUGAAUAAAAUUGACUUUAUUAUAUA